AUGGGAGCAAGGGACGAACGACUUGCCUGCAACAUGGCUCUACGCUUGCUGGCAGACAGCAACCACUACGUUACUCUACAAGACAUGUACAACCUUCUGCUGCUCGAACACCACGUUCGUCGGACAGAUUGGGCCCAGCACGUUCUGCCCUUUCUGGGAUGGCGCCUUUUGAAAGCAAGCCCCGUGGCCGCAGUUCGAGUCGCAACAUAUGCCAUCAGUCAUGCUGGACAGCUCGUCUGCUUCGGCAAAACUGAAUAUGCUUUGCCACCAGAGCUGGGUCCGGUCGUUGCCGUGGCUGCAGGAGCAUUUCACACCUGUGUCGUGAAGACGAGUGGCGAGCUGGUUUGCUUCGGAGACAACAGUGUCAGUGUUGGUCAAUGCGAUGUGCCUCCCGACCUCGGUGCGGUGGUGGCCGUGGCUGCCGGAGGACAUCACACCUGUGCCGUAAAGGCGAGUGGCGAGCUGGUUUGCUUCGGAAGCAAUCUGUAUGGUCAGUGCGAUGUGCCUCGCGAUCUCGGUCCGGUGGUGGCCGUGGCUGCCGGAGGACAUCACACCUGUGCCGUGAAGGCGCGUGGCGAGCUGGUUUGCUUCGGAAACAAACAAUUUGGCCAGUGCGAUGUGCCUCGCGAUCUCGGUCCGGUGGUGGCCGUGGCUGCCGGAAGAUAUCACACCUGUGCCGUGAAGGCGAGUGGCGAUCUGUUUUGCUUCGGAGAUAAUUAUUUUGGUCAGUGCGAUGUGCCUCACGACCUCGGUCCGGUGGUGGCCGUGGCUGCCGGAAAUGUGCACACCUGUGCCGUGAAGGCGAGUGGCGAGCUCGUUUGCUUCGGAGCCAAUGGUUUUGGUCAGUGCGAUGUGCCUCGCGAUCUCGGUCCGGUGGUGGCCGUGGCUGCCGCAGAAUUACACACUUGUGCCGUGAAGGCGAGUGGCGAGCUGGUUUGCUUCGGAGACCAUAAACAUGGUCAGUGCGAUGUGCCCUGUGGUGUGCAGCAGAUCCCCCGCAGCCUGCGCAUAAUCUCAAGACACUCCAGCGACAUCGGCUUCGUGGACGCAGGUGGGGAAGUGGUGCUGGUCAGCCGCUCCUUCCUGAACAUUCCAGCAAUGAUGCUCGUCAAUUCGACCUCCGUGGCGCAGUCCACCACCGAGGCGCGGACGCGCCAGGGAUACCACGGCACGAACCCUCGCAGAGUCCAACCGUUGUCGGGCUGA